UCAGGUGCAGCAGCUGCAGCAGGCAUGACGAACAAAACUUUUGUAUCUGAUCAAGUUUUUAAGCACAACCAAACCCAAGACUGCUGGCUCAUCAUCCAGGGAAAGGUUUAUGAUGUAACACCGUUUAUGGAGGACCACCCUGGAGGUAGUGAAGUCCUGCUUGCAUCAACUGGAAAAGACGCAACAGACGAUUUUGAGGAUAUUGGGCAUAGUGAUGAUGCUAAAGCCAUGAUGGACAAAUAUUACAUUGGGGACCUAGAGAAAUCCUACAAAAUUGCUCCCAUUCAUUAUGCUCCACCUGCAGCUCCUACUGCGUCUGCUGAUGAUAAAACUUCAGAAUCUAUCAUUAAGAUUCUACAGUUUCUCGCGCCUCUCUUCAUCUUCGCUUUGGCUUUUGCCUAUGCCAAAAAUUAAUCUGCUUCAUUUUUAUUGUUGUCGAAUCAUGAAUAAUUAAGGGAUUGGUUGCUUUAUGUCUGAAUUUUGAUAAAGAACUAUCUGGUUUUACUUUUUCAA